GGAGUCUCGCUGCAUUGUGUCCCAGGCUGAAUGCGGCCCUUUAUGAGGAACGCUUAAAAGGACAUUGCGGCCGGACCGAGCCGCUGUCUCCACAGCAACAGCCCAGGAGCGCGCAAAACUCAGAGAUAAUGGACUGAGAGAGAAAAGAGGAGUGGAGUUCCUUCUCUCCGCGCCGCUUCCUUCACGGAAUUCCCUCUGUCUAAGCUCAGACAGAAAGACACUCAGAGAGCGACAAAGCUACUAAGACCUGUGGACAAACUUGUGUUUUUCUACUUUGCAUGUGCGUCUGUGUGGAAAAGAAGAAGAAGAGGAAGAAGAAGAAGAAAGCACAGAUGCAGAGAUGUUCUCCAAGGGUACAGUCUCAGCCCGUGACUCUUUUGUCUUUAUCCCCUCAGAGGCUGCUCCAGCGAACCAUGCUGCUUCUCCCGACACCACCAGCCCGGAGAUAAUGCAAUGCCUAUCGGUGACCAUUCUUCGAGGAAAGGACGGCUAUGGGUUCACCAUCUGCUCCGACUCACCUGUACGGGUUCAAGCUGUCGAUCCAGGUGGUCCUGCAGAUCUGGCUGGUCUCAGGCAGCUGGACACUGUGCUGCAGUUGAAUGGACAGUGUGUGGAGCAGUGGAAGUGUGCGGAUCUCGCCCAUGCCAUCAGAAGCAGUGCCCGUGAGAUCAAAGUGAUGGUGUGGCGUUCGGGACCCUCCGUGAAGUCCAGCUUCGAGGGUCUUAUCCAUCAUUCGUACAAGAGCUCCAACUACGACUCUCCCGCGUCUCCUCCCAGAACGAAGCAUGCGGAGAAGACCCCACCUGUACCCCCGCUUCCCGCGCACCUCCGCCACCGGAUAAUGCUCAACGGCUCGGAGGGGGCGAGGGGUGGCGGGAUCGGGGGCACCGGGGCACCAUGGGGUGACAGGAGAGAAGAGGGCAAAUCCAGCGCCAGGACACACACUCCGACUCUCAGAGGGACACGAGUCAAAGGUUCCAACGGGGACAAUUACAUCAUCCUCUCACCCAUCAACCCUGGAGGCCAGAUUCUGACCCAAGUCUAUGGAGACAAUGCUAGCACUCUGGCUGGAUGGAUGUACUCACCAGGAACUGCUAACACGCCCCAGCCGCAUGCAACGCCCAACCUGGCGAGCAGAACCAACUUCCUGCGCCGAUCAGGCAACAAAUCCAAGUCAGCAGCUACCAGCUUCCAGCCCAGCUCAAACUUCGCCAACUACCAGAACUGCACCAUCGUCCGAUCUCACGCCAACUACGGAGCCUACGUCAAAGUGGCGCCCAAAGUUCUCAUAUUCCCCAUCUUUGUGCAGCCACUGGACCUGUGCAGCCCGACCAGAAUGCUACUAAUCACAGAGGAGAUGAUACUACAUGAGAGCAAACAUCUGUCCAUCAAGGUGACUAUAUUCAUCUACACAGAUCUGAUGUUAGUGACGAGAGAGGAUGAGCCAGGUCGCUGUAAUGUCCUGCAAAAUCCUCUCUUCCUAAAACAGCUCCGCUUAAAGGAGGAUCACAGUGACGAGCUUCGCUUCUAUCUCAUCCACAUGACUGAGGCGUGAGGUUCUGUCCGUGUGGUGUGUGAUGUCGGAGAUGUCUGGAGUGUGCUGACUCCAGCUGGGAGUUUGUCGCUGUCGCUUAUGACAGGAAGUGACUCUGCGGGAGACGUGGUGAUGACGGCAUCCGUUUCAUUCUGCCUGUCACCCCUCGGCCUGGCACUCACUUCUUCCUCAUAAUGUGCGCCUUUAUUUCUCCCUCUGCAGAGGAGGACAUGUGUCAGUGCCACACGGAGACAUCUUCCUACUUUCCUGCUUGUGUCCCAACUAUUUAAAACUUUAUUGUAAUCAGUCAGGUGAAUCCUAAUGAUGAAUUCCCCAUAAGAUAAACAGACACCCUUUCCGGAGCAGAAUAUGAACCGUUAUUAAAAAAACAAACAAAACAUAACCACGUUAAAGCUGAGGAAGGGGUUUGUAGCGUGCCGUUGCUAGGAUACGAGUAUGUAUUAGGGUUAAUCCGAGAAUUAAAGCUCGAGCUGUUGGUCAAAGCCCAGGCUGAUAGUGUGAGGGACAAAAGGGGACAAAAGUGCAGAGCGGAUGAAGAGAAACACAGACGAGAGUCAGAGGACACGUGCAACUCGUUUGUUAUGCCGCAUGUCAUCUUGAGCAUUUGUUGUUGUUUUUUACCAUCUUGUGUCUGUCUAUCUCUCUGUUUGUCUCUCUGCCCACCAUCCAGCCAUUUAGCCAACAGUCCAUCCAUCCAUCCAUCCAUUCAUCCAUCCAUCCAUCCAUCCAUCCAUCCAUCCAUCCAUCCAUUUAUUCUAUUCUAUUCUAUUCUAUUCUAUUCUAUUCUAUUCUAUUCUAUUCUAUUCUGCUAAGGCUGAUAUGGCAAAAAUCUCCUUAACACAUUUCUGUGAUACACUUUAUUGCACCAUUGCUGGUGUGGGAUUGUGUGUGUGUGUGUGUGUGUGUGUGUGUGUGUGUGUGUGUGUGUGUGUGUGUGUGUGUGUGUGUGUGUGUGUGUGUUUGGGAAUGUUAGCGGUUUAAUAUUGAUAUAGCAAUAUCUGUGAGGGUGUUAUUACCUCUUGUAGGAAAAAGCACACUGCCAGUUCAAAUUCACCUGAAGUAGCAGGGGUUAAAGUUCCUCUCUCUCUCUCUCUCUCUCUCUCUCUCUCUCUCUCUCUCUCUCUCUCUCUCUCUCUCUCUCUCUCUCUUUCUCUUUCUCUCUGUCCUUCUCUCUGUAAAUACUUGUUUAUCGAUCACCGUGGAUAAAGUACACCUUCAUCACUGGUUUGUGAUCAAUGGCCGCUGCGGCCCUGACGGCGGAGCAGAGCUGCCUCCUGUAAGGGCUGCGAUAUCUGUACACAGAUGGAGAAACUUGGCACAUGCUGUUGUACAUGUUCAUUUUUCAGAAAUGGAAUUAAAAACAUUAUUUUUUUUUUUACUUUUCAACAACCCCCCCCCCCCCGAUCUAGAAAACAAAAUCAAAUUGUAUACACUGUAAAAUCUGUCUCAUUACUUGUUAUAACCACAAUAUGUUCACACACUUACAGAAAACGUUAGAGGGACAUUAAUAUACCUCUGUAUUUUAGGUGCAGUUCUGUGUAUUGGUUCGUAACCGAUCUGAUUAAACGUAUAGAAAUCAGACGAUAUCUGACUGUGGUGAAAGCAUGUAUAAGGACCAGUGAGUGAUGAACUGGUGAAGUGUUGUAAUGUAAUCCACGGCCUUAACUCGAUUCCGCUUUCUUCCCUUGUCUCCAAGCUCUGGCGUAACUAUAUACCCGGAGACUCUCGGUCUCUGAGAGGGAGACAAAUAAAAGGGACAAGAGAGAUAGAACAAUGCGGUAAUGGCAUAACAAUCUCGUUAGUAGGAUCGGUCUGGCGUGUGUGUAUGGUUUUUUUUUUCACCCUUUUCAUGUUAUCUGUGCACAAACUUCAGGUCGUUUCUCCUGCCUCUGAAAUGCAUAAUUGCAUUGGUGCUCCCCCUUAAGGGGUUUUGUUACCGGAUAUAGAGGUGAAAUUGUGUCGAGCAGAAGAGAAAAUACCAUCUGGAAACAUCAACAACGAGAAGUGGUAUGUUUUUUGGUGUCAAUCCCUGUAGAUGAACCUCGUUGUGCCUUUUUUUGUGUCCUUCUAAGCAAGAAGAAUCAAAUUGCAUUGAAUCAAAAUACAGAAGUAACACUGCGGAAUUGUUUCGCUUCGGUAUGACCUACAAGACGAAGACGCACGGCUUUACUAGAAGAGCUCGAUAAACCAAUCGUCUACGAUUUGUGACGUACAGUUUCGUUUUUUUGUGCUAAUGUUCCACAGUGUCAAAUAAAAAGCGGUAUUUAAUAAAUAAAUAAAUAAAUAGAAAUGAUCGACUUUUAA